AUGUCGUCAUACGUCGCGCUUGUAAUCGGCUCUACUGGUGCUGUAGGCCGUGAUCUAGUCGCGGAACUUGUAUCUUCCACUAAUUGCACUAAGGUCAUUGCUCUAUCGCGUCGAGACGUACCGGCGUCCGCGUGGAAAUCGACGUUUCCGUCGCUGGAUGUUGACGCGGCCAAGGAGAAGCUGGAAGUGCGUCAAGUGGAUUUUGACAGACUUUCAGAGGUAGAUAUGCAGAAUAUGGACAAGGUGGACGCGGCAUUCUCGUGUCUAGGAACAACACGAAAAGAUGCUGGUUCGGCUGAGGCCUUUCGCAAAGUGGAUUUGGGCUAUGUCAUAACAUUUGCUAAGCUUUCUAAGGCGGCUGGUGUACCGUAUUUCGGGCUGCUGACGUCCCAGGGUGCCAAUAAGGACAGCUGGUUUCUGUAUCCGCAGACGAAGGGCGAAGUGGAGGACAAAGUCCAGCAGCUUCGGUUCGAGCGUAUGUCCAUCUUUCGGCCUGGAAUGCUGCAGCGUGGAGAUUUGCUGCGUGGUACGGAGAAGAUGCUGAGCUGGGCGGUUCCGGCGAUAUUCCAAAUCUCGGUCAGAGCUGUAGCAAUAGGCAUGGUGUCGGACUACGAGAGUGGUGCUGAAGGGAUAAAGGAGUGGAGUCAUGCUGAGCUCAAGAAGUUUGAGUAA